CAAAAGCGCAGCAGGAGCCAUUAGCACUUCAGGGUCCCUGCUCCGGAUAUAAGGGAGGGAGCGGGGCCGGCCGGGCUGUCUGAGCAGCCCCUCACCUGCUGCCUCCGCCUCCUCCCGGUGCCGGGCCCCGCGCCGCUCUCUGGCACAGCCUGGCCAUGCUCGCCACUACCCUGCUGCCCUGGGGGCUGCCCGCCCCGGCCCUGCUGCCCUACCCCGGCGCCCCGCCACUCGGGCACCCCCCCAAGGCUCCGGCGGGGAAAUCCUUCACCAUCGACGCCCUCCUGGGCCGCUCAGAGCCGCCGCCGCCGCCUCCAAGCGCCGCGCGCUGGGACCCCUGGCCGGGCGGUGCGCCCUUGCCGUGCGCCCAGGCGCACCCACUCCUGCAGCCUCGGCCGCUCUACCCCGGCUGCUACCCGGGCCUGGGGGGCUGGCGCCCCCCUCUCGGAGCUCCAGGCUGCCUGCUCGCCAAAUGCUGCUUCCGAGCCAAGGCGGGCAAAGCCAAGCGCGUCCGGACCAUCUUCACCAGCGACCAGCUGGCCCGGCUGGAGAAGGAGUUCGCGCUGCAGCAGUACAUGGUGGGCACGGAGCGGUGCCUGCUGGCCUCGGCGCUCCACCUCACCGAGGAGCAGGUGAAAGUCUGGUUCCAGAACAGACGGAUCAAGUGGCGGAAGCAGAGUCUGGAACAGCAGCAAGCCAAGCUGGUGAAGAUGGGCCUGGCUGCUCCCCAAAGACGCCCCGGUGCACAGCCCGACCAGGAAGAGGAAGGAGAGAAGGACGCCCCCGAGGAAUCUCCCGAUGACCAGGGUUUGGCCUCCCCUCACUCGGAGUAAGCGGCUGCACCCCUCUCCGGACACUCCUGCGGUGUGCGUAGCCCCUCACCCUGUACAUACUGUAUCAUAGCUGGCCGGGCACAUAUCUAAUAUAUACAGUGUAGGGAUACUUUUUUGCAGUGCAAAAAUAGAUUAAUUUAUGCCAUUAUUUUAAAAAUAAAACACAGUUACUCUGCUGCU